UCAACGCGCACCUCUUGUGCGCAGCGAAUGGUCAGGUUUUGUGAAAAAAAGUUGGGGCACGUUUUUCCAUCUUUUUAGUCGAAAUUUUCCUUUUUCUUGAAAGAAUCUAAAUAUUUCAUUUGCUGUAAGGGUAGGGGAUCUUUUCUAGAGAUGAGUCAGUUCAAGCUGAUCGCCCCGAAGCCGAACCCAGGGGCUCUGCCGGCCCAGGAAGGGGAGGAGAACAAUAGAAAGCGGCCGGCCAGCUCGAGUCCUCCGCCGAAGGUGAAGAUGGAGGGCCCGCCGCAGCCCUUACCUGGAAACUCGGCCACCUUAGGAGCUGCAGGGACGAACGGGAUCCUCCUGAACCCUGGAGGGGUGCCUCUGGAUCCCGCGGCGGCGGCUGACGCCGAGGCACUGAGCCGGAGAACCAGCCGAAGAAAGAGAGCGAAGGUUGAGUACAGGGAGAUGGACGAGAAGUUAGCUAACCUGUCGGAAGACGAGUACUACUCUGAGGAAGAACGUAAGGAGAAGGAGUACAAGAAGAUAGAAGACGCCGCGCCUGAACCUGAGGAAGACUCUGAUCAGGAUGAACAGACAGGUAGCGUUACCUUAAACAAAGAUGCAGUAACAGGUCUGGAAGGUGCAGCGUUCCAGAGCAGACUCCCACACGACAAGAUGACGUCACAAGAGGCGGCCUGCUUCCCAGAUAUCAUCCAGAGUCCGCAACAAACACAGAAACUCUUCCUCUACAUCAGGAACAAAAUUCUUCAGCUUUGGUUAGAGAAUCCCAAGUUGCAGCUGACUUUUGAGAAUGCCCUGCCACAAAUCGAGGCACCAUACAACAGUGAUACCACUUUGGUGAUGAGGGUCCACAGCUACUUGGAGAGACAUGGUUACAUCAACUUUGGCGUGUACAAGCGCAUCAAACCACUCCCAACCAAGAAGAUAGGAAAGGUGAUAGUGAUAGGUGCAGGAGUAUCAGGACUGUCAGCAGCACGGCAGCUCCAGUGUUUUGGCAUGGACGUCACAGUCUUAGAAGCAAGGGACCGAGUUGGAGGGAGGGUUGCCACCUUCCGGAAGGGCAACUAUGUUGCAGACCUGGGGGCAAUGGUAGUAACGGGGCUGGGUGGAAAUCCUGUGACUGUGCUGAGCCGGCAGAUUGACAUGCACCUGAGUAAGAUCCGACAGAAAUGUCCGCUCCACGAGGGGGACGGGCAAACGACGGCCGGCUGCCAAACCCAGGAGGGUAGAUGUAAGCUUGUGUCCAAGGACAAGGAUGAGAUGGUGGAGCGAGAGUUUAACCGCCUGUUGGAGGCAACAUCGUACCUCUCACAUCACCUGGACUUUAACUACCUGGAGGGCAAACCUGUGUCCCUGGGACAGGCACUGGAGCUGGUUAUCAAGUUACAGGAGAAACAUGUGAAGGAGAAACAGUGUGAACACAUCAGGAACAUCAUCAAACUACAGGAGGAGAUGAAGGGAAACCAGCAGAAGCUGUCGAGUUUGUAUGAGAAGAUAAAAGAGCUCCAUGGGCAGUGGAAGGAGGCGUCAGAGGUGAAACCACCCCGGGACAUCACAGCAGAGUUCCUGGUGAAAAGCAAACACAGGGACCUGUCUGCUACCUGCAAGGAGUUUGAUGAGCUGACAUCACAGCAGAAUGGCCUGGAAGAGAAACUGUCUGAGUUAGAGGCCAACCCACCAAGCAGUGAUGUGUAUCUAUCAUCAAGAGAUCGCCAAAUCCUGGACUGGCAUUUUGCCAACCUGGAGUUUGCCAACGCCACGCCCCUCUCCACCCUGUCCCUCAAACACUGGGACCAGGACGAUGAUUUUGAGUUCUCCGGGAGUCAUCUCACGGUGAGGAACGGAUACUCGUGUCUGCCCGUGGCGCUGUCGGAAGGACUGGACAUCAAACUGAACACAGCGAUAAGACAAGUCCGCUACACACCCUCAGGAUGUGAGGUGGUUGCACAGAACCUGAGAAGUGGAGGUUCGACGUACACAUAUAAGUGUGACGCUGUCCUCUGUACCCUCCCCCUGGGUGUCCUGAAACAACAGCCUCCAGCUGUGCAGUUCUUUCCUCCUCUACCAGAGUGGAAGAUGGCAGCUGUGCACCGUAUGGGCUACGGCAAUCUUAACAAGGUUGUGUUGUGCUUUGACCGGGUGUUCUGGGACCCUAACGUGAACCUGUUCGGGCACGUGGGCAGCACGACGGCCAGCCGCGGGGAACUCUUCCUGUUCUGGAACCUGUACAAGGCUCCGACCCUCAUCGCGCUGGUGGCCGGCGAGGCCGCCGCCAUCAUGGAGAACGUGAGCGAUGACGUGAUUGUUGGACGAGCCAUCACCGUCCUGAAGGGCAUAUUUGGCAACAGUGCCGUGCCACAGCCCAAGGAGACGGUAGUGACGCGGUGGCGAGCGGACCCGUGGUCGCGUGGAUCGUACUCCUACGUUGCGGCGGGGUCGUCAGGGAACGACUAUGAUCUAAUGGCCACACCUGUCGCUCCCAGCCCAGCCGUUCCGGGGACACCACAGCAGGCCAGUAACAUGCCGCGACUGUUCUUCGGUGGCGAGCACACCAUCCGGAACUACCCGGCCACGGUCCACGGAGCCAUGCUCAGCGGACUCCGGGAGGCAGGGCGCAUCGCUGACCAGUUCCUCGGCGCCCCGUACAUGAUGAACCGCCAACAAACUCAGCAGCCCCCCACUGUAGUGGUCACCUAACCACGGGGUGUAGGAUAGGUCGGGCUAAAAGUCUGUCAAGUGUACGUGUAUUAGGUCUAGGAAAAAAUGCUGUGUCUCCCCAUUUCCCAACUGACCCUAGCCUUUUUGUUGUGUAGACCCAUGCAACGGGACAUAAAUUUUUCGAGCUGAUGAACCUUUUCUAGCUCCAUGAUCUGACACCUGAGUGAUGAAACGUCGUACAAUGUACAACUGGUGUUCCAACAUACAAGUGUCCUCAUGCAAGUUUUACUUUGUUAAUCUGUAUUGUAUGAGCAAGGAGCUCUUUGGUGUAAGUUGGAUCACUAGAGAUCGCCAAAGUCUUUAAAAAAAAAAGAAUACUGAAACAGGAAACACUACAUUUUUUUCCUAGGGCUUAUGGAUUAUUUUCAACAGAACAGAUACACAAAUCUACCAGUGAAAAUUUUGUACAAGUCUCCUUCAAGAUAUGGCUGUAGUGAUCAGGUGUAAAUCUUUCUACUGUUUUGUUUAACUGUUGGCAUUGUAAAUAGAUGAUGGUAAGAUAUCGGUAUGACAGCAUAUACAAUAGUGAUCACUGUCCUUUCAGGUUCAAUAUCAGACUUGUACACUGAGUAUUUAUUAUGUGAAAUAAUUAGCAGCUGAUUGUUCUCAUACCAUGAUGAAGGGAAGAAUAGAAUUUCCAGAAAACUAGUUCUAGAUGGUCGAAUAGAGGUUCUUGACUACCAAAUAUUCAUGUGAAUACAGGAGAAUAGUGACAUUAAAUGUAGAGCAGUUUGGUAGCACUGUCCACAAUUCUAAAUGAUGUCAAAUAUAAGUUUCUCGGGAGUCCUAUUUGGACUUACUGCAUGGUAUGUAGGAUGACACUUCUAUAGGUGAUGCAAUGACUUUGCAUUAUUCCCCUGCUGUAUAUAAACAUUAGCUUUGUCAUAAGUCGGACGUCCUUUCAUAUUUUAUCUGCAUAUAAUUUAUAAA